AUGAAAGCAACAGUUAAGAAGAAUUUUACCAAUCUAACGCCUGCGACUAUGAAGCCCAAAACCAGCACUGGAAGAUCACCAAUAAUGAAAGCAACAGUUAAGAAGAAUUUUACCAAUGCAACGCUCUCCACUGUGAUGGCUACCACUGUCCGACCUAAAACAAGUAUUGAAAGGUCACCAGUAACUAACGCAACACUGAACAAGAGUUUUCCUAACAAGACGACGUCCACUGAGAUGACCAUUAAUGAACGAUCCAGAACCAGCUACAGAAGCUCACUGAAGACCGCCAGGAUAGCCUCAACAUACCUGACAACAUUGAAUCGAGCAAUAGUCACAACGGAAGCCAAGACGCCAAUCACCGGCUUGAUGGUUAACCGCGGGCCC